UUCGUCCUAGUAUGGGACUCCUCAACAGUGCUCAUCCACGAUCCCGCACCCCGCGAGAUUCGAACCCAGGAUCUAUCAGUCUCGUGCCAAGAGUGAAAUUUCUAAAAUCUUCACAAACCCCUUCUAAUAUUAUUGUUUUAUUGAGUCUAGACACACAUCAUAAUUUUGUUUCUUUAUCAUUGAACUUUAUGUAAUUGAUCUAAACAAAAUAGAAUUAAAUAAGAUAGAAUUAAUGAAGUAAUUGAAAUCACGUUUACAUUACAUUAUAUUACAUAAUGAUUACUGACAAUGUGAUACUAAUUCACACCCACACACACAACAUACAUAUACACAUACAUACACUAGUGUACAAGUAUGUAAUGGUAGACAUGUAUAAAUAUCAACAUAACCUUGACCUACCAAUUUAUUAAUUAAACCUGACAUAGAUACAUAUAAAUAUAUAAAUGUGAUAGAAUUUACCGAAACAUCAAAACCAAAUCACUUUUCUAUCAUCAUAUUUAUCAUUAAAAAAAUUCUAAUUGAAACAAACAAUAGUGCCAAUCUUGAAACGGAUUUGAAUUUUUCCCCCUUCGAAAAACAAAAAACAAAACAAAAAAAAAAAGAAAGAAGAAAGCAAAACAAUGAAUCUCUUAUGGAAUUCUAAUAAAUCUUUAUCAAAAUCAUCCAUAAAUCAUGAUUUAGAAGUGAUUGUUGUUGGUUUAAAUAAAACUGGAACUAGUUAUUUAAAAUCUGCAUUAGAAAUUUUAUAUCAUGGUACAACAUGUUUACAUUAUACUGAUUUAAUUUAUCAAUCAAAUGAUAUAAUAGAUAAAUGGUUAGAAUUACAUUUAUGUCAAUAUCAAACAAAAUUCAAUGGAUUUCAUUAUAAUAAACAAGAAUUAUUAAAAUUAUUAUUAAAAAAUUAUAAAUCUGUAUCCGGUAUACCAAUUACAUCAUUUUUAAAUGAUUUAAUACAAAUGUAUCCUAAUGUGAAAGUUAUUUUAACAGUACGUAAUGCUGAAUUAUGGCAUGCUGCUUGUCGUACAAAUCUUAUACCAUAUCAAUCAAAUGAAUCAAAAUUACAAAAAUUUUUUUAUAAAUUUUCAUUAUUUACAUGGUUAAUGAAAUUGAAUCAAUUAAAAUUAUUAUCAUUACAAAAUACAUUAGGUAAUACAAUUAAUUUAAAAAAUGAUAAUGAAUUAAUUCAUGCCUAUAGUCGUUGGAAUGAUUAUGUUCAAUUGAUUGUACCAAAAGAUCGUUUAUUAAUUUAUAAUAUUAAACAAGGUUGGUUACCAUUAUGUGAAUUUUUAAAUAAACCAAUACCAUGUUGUACAUUUCCUGGUAGAAAUACAAUAUUUCUAUGGUCAUAUUUAUUACGUCAUCUGAAAAAAUUAUUUCAUUUUAUAUUGUAUAUUUUUAUUUAUUUAUUUAUGAUUUAUUAUUUUUUAAAUAUUUUCCGAUAAAUAUGUAGGGUGAUGUUUUUUUUUUGUUUUUGUCGUUGAUUGUUUAUUAUUAUUGUUCUCCCUUGGAUACUACAGACACCCGCACACAUGCACGCACGCACGCACACAUACACACAUGCACACACAGUGAACUACUCACAACUUGAAACAAUAAACAAAUAAACAAACACACACAUCUAUACAUAUAUAUAUAUACAUAUUAAUCAAUUCUGUAUUAUGAGUAUUCUAUUGUUGAACUGUUCUUUUAUUAUUAUUAUUAUGAUUCUCUGAUAAAUUGUUAAUUACUUAUUAAAAUAUGAUUGUAGGUAAGCAAUUUUAAAGAUGUAGGUGUGUGUCUCUGUUUAUUUAUUGUUUACAAAUUACUUCUUUUGUAUACAUAGUUCAAAUGCGCUGUUUUUUCGCUUUUAUUUUUAGUAAUCAAAUGUGAAUAGACC